GGGCCCCCGAGGGGUGGCCCGGGGCGCCGAGAUAAGAGCGCGGCCGCGGGGAGGGCUGGCCGGGGGCUCCGCGAUGUCGCUAGUGCUGCUGAGCCUGGCCACGCUGUGCUGGGGAGCAGCGUCCCCGGAGCCGAUGAUUCAGUGUGGCUCUGAACCCGGACCGUCUCUAGAGUGGAUGGUCCAACACACUCUGACCCCAGGAGACUUGAGGGACCUCCAGGUGGAACCUGUUAAAAGCAAUGUUGCCAUGGAGGACUAUUCCAUUUUGAUGAAUGUCAGCUGGAAACUCCGGGCAGAUGCCAGCAUUCACUUGCUGAAGGCCACCAAGAUCUGCGUGACAGGCAAGAGCAACCUCCAGUCCUACAGCUGCGUGAGGUGCAAUUACACGGAAGCCUUCCAGACUCAGACCAGACCGUCUGGUGGCAGAUGGACGUUUUCCUACACAGGCUUCCCUGUAGAGCCGAACACACUAUACUUCAUCGGGGCCCACAAUAUCCCCAAUGCCAAUAUGAAUGAAGACCCCCCCUCCAUGUCUGUGAACUUCACCUCACCAGGCUGCCUAAACCACAUAAUGAAACACAAAAAAAAGUGCAUCGAGGCAGGAAGUCUGUGGGAUCCAAACAUCACUGCUUGUAAGAAGAACGAGACGGCAGUAGAAGUGAAUUUUACAACCAGCCCCCUUGGAAACAAAUACAUGGCUCUCAUCCGAAAUAACAUUGUGAUUGGGUUUUCUAACAUGCUGGAGAACAACCCCCCAAGUCGAGCUUCGGUGGUGAUCCCCGUGACGGGGGAAAGUGAAGGUGCUGUGGUCCAGCUGACUCCGUAUUUCCACACUUGUGUCAAUGACUGCAUCCGACGCAAAGGAACAGUUGGGCUUUGCCCACAAUCGGGCAUGUCCUUCCCCCUGGACAGUCGUAAGUGCCCACCAUUUCCGCACGGUCGUCAGAGAGGUUCGGGACCUGAGGGGCCCCACCAGUGCCUCCCCGUUCGCUGUGUGCCGGGGCGUGCACCUGCCCCGCGGGAGGGCAGAAGCAUGCUGCGCGGCUGGCUUCCUCUUCUCCUCUCAGCUCUGCUGGUGGCCACAUGGGUGCUGGCCGUUGGGAUCUAUCUAAUGUGGAGGCACAACAGGACCAGGGAGGCUUCCUUCCCUACUACCACGCUCCUGCCCCCCAUUAAGGUUCUUGUGGUCUACCCAUCUGAAAUUUGUUUCCAUCACACAGUUUGUUACUUCACUGAAUUUCUUCAAAACCACUGCAGAAGUGAGGUUAUCCUUGAAAAGUGGCAGAAAAAGAAAAUAGCUGAGAUGGGUCCGGUGCAGUGGCUUACCACUCAGAAGAAAGCUGUGGAUAAAGUCAUCUUCCUGCUUUCCAAUGACGUCAACCCCAGGUGUGAUGGCACGUGUGGCAGGAGUGAGGGCAGCCCCCAUGAGAAUUCCCAAGACCUGUUCCCCCUGGCCUUUAACCUUUUCUGUAGCGAUCUGAGAAGCCAGACUCCCCUUCACAAAUACAUGGUGGUCUAUUUUAGAGAGGCUGAUACCAAAGACGAAUACAGCGCGCUCAGUGUCUGCCCCAAGUACCACCUCAUGAAGGAUGCUCCUGCUUUCUGUACAGAACUUCUCUGUGUCAAGCAGCAGGUAUCAGCAGGAAAGAGGCUGCCGGCCUGUUCCCUGUAGCCCACCCAUGAGAAGUGAGGGGCCUUGAAGCCUUCGUACUCCUCCAAUUACAGGGGGAAAGUAUCUCAGAUGAUUCUGAAGUUUCCUGUAUGGGAUAUGUGCAGGGAGACUUUAUGUACACCUGCUUUAUUUAGCAAUAGGAAUAGGGAGGAUUCCUAACUGAAUACAUACGCCUUAGUUUAAGCAAAACUUUUAUGCCAAAAAAACUGUUACAAAUACUAACUACUGUAUGGACAGAAACUAAAUUUACAAUUAUAAAGCUAAAUCAACUUCAUACCUAGAAGUCCAGGAGAAUUAUAAUGCAGAACUAUAACCAGUCUGGUAACACAAUGGUAAAGCAUCCUCCAGCCGAAUACCCAGUCCUGAAUAGCCCAUGCACUGCACAGUAGAUAGAACUGUUUAUUUCUCUGACACUCUAAACUUAGUGAAUACCAAAUUUAAGAAAGCCUUUGCUCAUUCACGAACUUCAUGGGUGAACAACCCUCUAUUACAUACAAAAGCCAUUUUUAAGAAAACAGAAGAGUAAGAAGCCGAACUCCUCUUUGCUGACCAGAGACGCAGUACCCGUGUAGCCACUUACAUUAGCCGGCACUUGCAGAGGACCGUCCUGCUCUGAGCUAGAUUCAGGUCCUCUCUGAGUCUUGUACAGGUGACUUUUAAUAUGGACACCGACAUCCAUUACCUGCAGACCUGAUGUCUACUUUAGCCCAGUUACCUAUUAGAGGUUACUGUCAAGAGUUCAGAGUUUCUUGGUUAUGUGGCUUCUCAUGUUCCAAAACACAAGUAAUUCCUGCUCUGUUCAAAGUCAGCACUCUUGAAGUAAUCUUUUUAUAAUGAGUUAUUAUAAUGGUUUACUUAAAAAAAAAAAAGUACCAGAGAGCUAGGUAUGUAUGGUGUUUUAAAUCUUCUUUUUCCUCUAAAAGUAUCUUUUUCUUAAUGCAGAGGUUACCAAGAGGCCAUUUAUAUUGGUGUGCAGUUUUUCUAGGAAUGCUUGUCUCUCUCACACAGUACGAUACUGAAUCUGCCCUAGAGUGUGGAUCAGUUUCCACUGGAUGCCUGUUAAAAUGUAUUUGUGAAGGGCUAAAAUUAUCCUUAAAGGGCCAGGUCUUAUGGAUAAAAUAAAAAUCAAAAUAAGGAAGCACAGAGUGAAAACUCACCGUGUCCAACUUCACAAGUAGACACUUAGUAAUGGCUGAGGCAACAUGUUUAAUGUGGUUAAGCUCACUUACUUGUCAUGACCAGUUUUUACCACACUUAAAAGUGCUGGUAACAGAAGGACACAGCUUAUGUCAAAAAUUGGACCAGAAACCAACUUCCUCUGAAUCAACAUCUACCAGUUAUAAGAGCAAUAGGUGAUUAUGUAAAAAAAAAAACAAAAAAAAAAACAA